UUCUUUUUUUUUUGUUCCCCCCCCACACACACACAAACGCACACACUCAUGGUCCAUAUCAGGGAAAAACAAGCGGAAAACGUCUGACGAAUCGAUUGAAAAUCUGCCAAAUAUCCCCACCGCCUGCCUGAGGGAAAUGAGCCUCUCCCCAGAAAGCUGGAUUUCAUUUUUUUAAUUCAUCUCCCAGGCUCGCUGUGUUUGAGAAUUAAGGCCCAGUAAUUAAACGAAGAUACAGUGUGUAGGCUUUUUAGCAGCACAACCUGAAAACAGUGUGUGAUGGGGCUGACAUCUGUGAUCAAAAUGAGAUCUGAUCUGUAAUUUGAAGUUACUGAUGUUGGCUCAUAAUUUGUGUGGAUUUACAUAAUUUGUGACCUCAAAGUGUUUGAAAGAAGUCGUUUUCUCCUCAUUUUCAUGUUUGUCCUGAAGAAAAAGUGAAAACAGCAACAUAGUUUCAUAUGAAAGAUGAUAUUUACAAAUUUAUUUAUCAAACUGUUCUACAGGCUGUUGCUAGCAGGCAUUGUUGUGUGUCAAAGCACAAAAAUGCUCUUUUGAUUCCCAUAUUAUAACUUAUUGUCUAAAUUUGUAGAACCCAAAGAUAACAUUUAGGGAGUACAUUUCAUCUCUGUCUGUGCAUGUUAUAGGUAAUCUAAGGAAAGAAAGAAAAGAAACUAGACUUCUUUAAGUUUCUUCUUUAAUUUCAUCUACUAUCAUGAUUUAACACCAUAGAAGUCGGUUUGUUUAGCUCACAGUGAAUUGAGUCAAACAACUGAGUUGUUUAAUGAAUCAGAGGAAAUGCAAAUACAGGAAAUACAAUUGCUGCUCCUUUAGAAAUAAUCUCCCUCUUUAAAAAAGAAGGGAACAGCAAGUGCACACAGAGCUAACAACCCCAAGUAUUUGAAGUGUUUUAAAAGAAGAAAACUUUGUUGUGAUUAUGCCAGACCACCUUUAUGUAAUGUGCAGUGUAUUAAGAAAAGCUAAGUGUGAGUCUGGGAAAUGUUUCAGGUCUGUAAAAGGAAAAGUUGAACUUGAGGAUGUAAACUUGUGUUUGGCCUUAUUUACUUUUGUCCCCUAUUUACGUGAUUCAUAAUAUUUAACUAUGCAGCUCUGUGACUCACUCGGAGUAAAUAACAUGUACUAUGGAUUUCUUUAUAUUCUGGUUUGACUGGUAUAAAAAGUGAGCUUUUACUAAUAAUCCCGUGAAGGUUCAGCACCAUAGACAGCUCCCUCACCCAUUCAGUCCGACUUUAAAGACGUUUUUCAUGUUCACAGCUUCUAUUUAAUCUUUAAAAGUCAUUUCUUUGUCUCAUUUGGCCAAAGCAAUACUUUAUUUUUCACCAGGCUGUGCUCUAAAGCAAAGUUUUAACUUCAGGCAGGUGCAUGUGAGCUGAAUUAAUGCUGAUUUAUUGUCCUUUACAUCUUCUUGCAUCACUUCAGCGCUUAGUUUCUGCCUCUAAUUCACCUCUAAUUCUUUCAUUUGAACUUCUGAAAGUGAAAUAGACCUUUAGCAAUGCAGUGCAGGGAGACAGGCUCUUCACAGAUUUUGAUUCAUAUUAUUAUUAUUCAGAUUAUUCAUAUUUAAGAGUGAAUUUAAGGCAGUGCGGGUUGCAAAGAAAAAACAUAAUCACGCACAACCAGAACAAAAUAAUUCUGAUAAUAUAAGAAUAAAAAGUUGGGCAGGUUCCUGAAUCGCCCCAGAAAUCCCACACCUAUUGGCACCUUCCUCCUGUACCCCUGUGAGUUUACCUCAUCAAACUUGAUGACCCACCAAGGAUGAAAAAGAAAUGAAGCUGUAAAAAAAAAAUCACGUCCUUUAUUCGCCGUCCAUCACAGCUUCCCCAGCUGUCCCUCGGGACUUCUGUGCUUUGCGUCUCGAUAGUUGUCCGGUUUCCAAUGCGCUAUCUGUGCUCACAUUGACGUCAAAGGAGCGGGCAGGACGUAUAAAACCCUCCGGUCCCCUCUAGUCUCCGCUCACAGGGACUUUUUCAGACUCUGCUGAAUCUCACCGGCCGACCGCAAAGUCCAGCUGCAGCAUCUGGAGACAGUAAAGACAUGAAGCCAGUCUCCCUUCUCCUGCUGCUCUCCUCGGUCCUCCUGUCAUCACACCUCCGUCCAGCCGCCGGCAGACCGCGCACCUUCCCUGGCUGGAUGAAUGGCAGCGGUCGCCUUCAAACGCAGCAACUGGACGAGGUGCUCCUCAGAGCGGCUGCCGCCGGGGACAACGCCGCCUCCGAUCUACUGGGCGAAAACAUCAUGAGGAUUCUCCAGAGGAGGAACCCGGAUCGUCUCCACCUGCUCCCGCCAGAAGAAGACAGCGAGGAGGCGGAGGAAGCGGCUAUGAGGACCGCGGCGCAGCUGCUGAAACGCAGCGAAGAGCCGCCGCUCUCCAUCGACCUGACCUUCCACCUGCUGAGGAAUAUGAUCCAGAUGGCCAAGAUGGAGAGCCAGAGAGAGCAGGCUCAGCUCAACCGCAAAGUGCUCGACGAGGUGGGGAAGUAAAUCUCUGCUUCUUUUUGAAAAUGCCUCCUUAACAGAGCCCAGAAGCUGUAUCAAUAUUCCAGACCUCUGACAUUAGUUUCUGUUCGUGCGCCUGCCUUCCUCUCCACAUCAUUUUACGCACAUUUGGUGCCAUUUUACGCAUCACAGCAGCUGUCAUUAAAAUGUAAAAUGUUUUAAAUGUUAUUUAAAGACAUUGUUGGAAGAUAUGGAAAAGGACCUCUCAGAACCCCGCUCAUCUCAAACACACACAAUCCUCUUAAUCUCUGGACUUGUGGUGGACUCGUGGCAAAAAGGGAAAACCCUUGGAUAUCAAGUCGUUUUCACUAUUUGAAGUAUUGGAUGUGGUUUGACUUGGAAAUCAACACUUCUUUAUGAAUUGAUGUCUAAAAUAAGUUGUUUAAGCAGUUUGUGUGUAUGUGUUGUAAGCUUAAUGUUUUCAGAACGACUAAGCUGACCUGGAAAUCUAUGAACCCACUGAGAAGUGCUUUAGUUUGACCUUUGAAUGCUGUAGAUGUGACAGAUUAAAAGAAAGAGUUUAUGGUUGCCAGCAGCCACAAAUGUUAAAAAUAUGUAUUUAUUCAUAUUUAGUUAAGUAUAAAGUAAUACAAAUGCACAUUCAGAUUCAUUUAGAUUAGUUUAAGCAAACUACAUGUUUGUACAGAGUUGUAGAAAUUGUAUCUGCUUGCCCAAAGUUACAUUUCUGUCACUGUUGAGAACCAGAGGACACAUUUUCAAACUUUUUUCUGUCGGCCCAACUCGCUUGUAUAUCAUCACUUUGUCUCUUGAUCAAGCUCAAUAGACAGAUGGUUAUUACCUUUUACAUUAAUUUCCCCCUUUCUGUCAUUUUUCUUUGAGCGGGAGCACUAUCACCUGUACUGUAUCUACUGUAGCAUGGUAACCUACAAAAAAAAAAAGAAAAAGGAAAAAAAAAUGCUUAAUUUUACUGUAACAUUCAUGUCUGACACCAGUCUUUGUUUUAGCAAAUGAAAAAAAACAAAGCUU